AUGAGGAUAGAGGUUUCUCACCCAAUCCACCCCCAACACAAGCUAAAGCCUGAAUACACAGAGAUCCCUUUCAACUGUGAUGGAUGCAAAGAAGCAGGUAUUGGCCUCAAACACAGAUGCCAGCAAUGUGAGUUUGACUUACACAAGUCAUGUGCAGUGGCUCCUCCCACCAUUACUCAUCCCUUCUACAAGAAAUGUGAGUUCCAAUUCUUACACCAACCCCCCGGGGCAGCUUUGAGAAUAUGUGAUGCAUGUGGGAAGGAUGUUCUAGGGUUUGUUUACCACUGCAAGAGAUGUGGCUUUGAUCUGCAUCCUUGCUGUGCAAAUCUUCCACAAGUCCUAAAUGAUGGGGAAAGAAACCUUUAUCUGUGUCUCAAGCUUUCAAAUUCAUGCUACUGCUGUGGGGGCAAAGGGCCAGGUUGGUCUUAUAGGUCCAAGUGCAAGACCUAUAAUCUUCAUGUAUCAUGUGUGAAGAAGCUGCUUCUGGAGAAUUGGCAGGCCAUGCAUCUGAAAGUGGACAGUAACAAAGUUAGGGAGUUGCAGACUAGGAUCCCCAGCCUUGGAGGAACAUUGAAAGAUCAUCAUGGAGGUGGAAGGGGAGGAGGGAAGGCAAGCAAGUGUUCUCAGAUAGCCACUGGUGCCAUUAGUGCUGUUGUCUCUGCCAUCCUGGGAGAUCCCACUGCUAUAAUAGCUGCAGCUGUUGGGGCUUUGCUAUUCAAGUAG